GUUCAGCCAGAAAAUAGACUUCUUAUGUCAUGAUAGUGGUCUGGCCUUUGUACGAUUCUAUAACAGAAUGCUGCUUCCAUAUUUAAAAUUGAGGCGUGUAUAAAACGUCUUCCUCAAACUUUUCCUUGAACAGCACUAGCAAGAUGAAUACUUCAAUACGGGAAAGAAUUCUCAGCUUUGCUGAUGUUAUAAUGAGGGUGCCACCUUUAUUUAUCAUUGAUGAGUUACUUAGAAUCAGCCUUGGUUUACCCAAUGACAAUAUUGUACUGGAAAGUAAUGAACAUGGCUUUAAAACUACUAAUGUAUCAAGCAUUCCUGGUUCCAUUUCUGCAGUUACAACAGACUCGUUUCUAAUGGAUCAGUUUGAUUUUACUCAUCUUGCUUACAAGGCUUACCUGAUAAUCAUAUUUAAAUUUUUAUGUUGUUGUAUAGGUUUUCUUGCAGCCUUAUACACAUUCAUGUUAUGUACUAGACAUUUGAUAAUUGUAUACUUAUAUUUAAUAUCUAUAGGAGUAAUAUUUGUAUCGUAUUGGUCAAAUGUUAGUACAAUGAAAGCAAUCAUAGCUUACAUGAAUGUUCACGAAUCAACAACCAGCAUACUUGACAAUAUAUUAUGUCUGAAUCUCUCGGACGUUUUAUACAAUGGUCCGGGUUUUCUAAUUAUCCAGAAUUAUAUAUUGCAAUGCCUGCUAGCUAGCAUCUUUUGUUAUAUACAUCUUGCCCCAAGACAUCCUGUAGUUCAAAAGCUUCUUGUGCUGAGCUUUAUGUCACCAUCCAUCUUGGGUAUCCAUCCUUUACCAACGCAAUAUCUGUAUCACACCCCGGUAUGCGCAACAUUAAUCCCAUUGGCUGUGUGUAAAUUUGUCAUCUGGUAUAAUGGCGUCUCCAUGUUGAAAACAAUCUACAUAGGCUAUCGACACGCACGCAACUUUAUAAUCAAUUAUGGUUUAUCCGCUCUUGCGGAAACAGAAUGGAUGCGUUUGAAUGUGCCGUGUGUACUUCGCACAUUUUGGAUGCUACGUGUGGGAGAACAAGUCGUCCAAAUCCUCGGAAAUCAUUAUGGCGAGGAAACAUUUAAUUAUUACGUCAUGAUCAGAACGCUGCUGGUAAAUGGGUGCGAGACAUUGACAGCUGUUCUUGGUAUGACCAGCAUAAUCUCGUUUAUCUGCCACUAUAUCGGUUAUUUCUUCCAAUGGAUAUUAUUGACGGAAGACGAAGAUGAGAAGAGUAUCGGCACGGUAUCCGCUAUACUAUUUUACAUUCUUGCCCUACAAACCGGAUUGACGAGUCUCGAUAAAGAGAAACGUCUAGUACGAUUAUAUCGUAAUUUUUGCCUAUUGUUCACGGCGAUUUUACAUUUUGUGCACAAUAUAGUGAAUCCAUUAUUGAUGUCGCUCAGUGCUUCUCAUAAUCCGGCACUACAUAGACAUUUACGGGCUUUGGCGGUUUGUGCUUUUCUAAUAUUCUUCCCGGUUUCGUUACUCGUAUUCCUCUGGUCCCAUUUCACCGUGAGUACAUGGUUGUUGGCUGUGUCGGUCUUUAGCAUUGAGGUAAUAGUCAAAGUACUGGUUUCGCUAGCAAUUUAUUCAUUGUUUCUAAUCGACGCAUACAGAAGUGAAUUCUGGGAACAAUUUGACGAUUGCGUAUACAUAAUAAGAUCAUUUGGCAAUACUGUGGAAUUUGCUUUUGGCAUUAUAUUAUUUUUUAACGGUUUCUGGAUAUUGAUUUUCGAGUCUGGUGGAGCUAUUCGUGCUGUCAUGAUGUGUAUACACGCUUAUUUUAAUAUCUGGUGCGAAGCGAAGGCUGGAUGGAGCAUUUUUAUGAAACGCCGGACGGCUGUGAAUAAGAUUAAUUCUUUACCAGAAGCAAAAGCUGAACAACUUGAACAGUUAGACGAUGUUUGUGCGAUUUGCUAUCAGGAAAUGCAAAGCGCCAAGAUCACUCAAUGCAAUCAUUAUUUUCACGGUGUAUGCUUGCGGAAAUGGUUAUACGUUCAAGACCGAUGUCCUCUUUGCCACGACAUAUUGUAUAAAGUUGAAAACGUCCAAAAUAGAGACACAGCUUUUGUUGAAGAAAAUGACAGAAACGACGUUGAAGAUGAUGCAGUUGUGCAAACUAGGCAAAAUUCGAAUGUACAACCUCAUCAGAAUCAUCAUAGACAGUUGGCCGAGCAUUCAGAUGAAGGCAGGUGAAAUGAUGCGACUCUUCAUGCAUAUUUUGUGAUAUAAUGAUGUAGAUAGACAUUAAUUUUUUUAAUAUCAAUUUUGAUCGCGAAACACCGAAACGUUCGUGGAUUCUCGCUUGAAAAUUUUGCUCGUUUGUAUUAUAUAUUACUCCAACUUGGUUAUCGGGCAAUAUAUAGUUCUAAAUCAUUUACAUGUAAAUUGUCGUAUAAGAACUUGAGUCUUUCCUCCAAUUUCUUGUAAAAUCUUGUAAAUAAGCAAAUUGUAACAAUUAUUCUUACAAGAGAAGUCACACAAUUGUCCAGUACCGAUUUGAUUCUCGGUAAAUAUGUU